GUUCAGACUCCACUUUCCUAGGACAAGAUUUUUGCACUUGAAGUGAGCGUGAGCUGACAGCGGCUCUAGGAAUCCUUGCGGAGCGGGGAAAGCGGCGGGCCACCAUGCCGCGUUCUUUCCUAGUCAAGAGCAAGAAGGCUCACAGCUACCACCAACCGCGCUCCCCGGGACCAGACUACUCGCUCCGUUUGGAGACUGUACCGGCGCCCGGCAGAGCAGACAGCACUUUGAGUGCAGGCGACCCGAAGGCAGAACCCCCGGACCGUUUGUCUCCAGAGUCUCAGCUGACGGAGGCUCCAGACAGAGCGUCCGCGUCCCCGGACAGCUGCGAGGGCAGUGUCUGCGAUCGGAGCUCGGAAUUCGAGGACUUCUGGAGGCCUCCUUCUCCCUCCGUGUCUCCAGCCUCGGAGAAGUCGAUGUGCCAGUCCCCAGAUGAAGCCCAGCUCUUCCCCCUGCCUUUCAAGCCGUACUCUUGGAGUGGCCUGGCGGGUUCUGACCUGAGGCACCUGGUGCAGAGCUAUCGGCCGUGCGCGGCCCUGGAGCGCAGGGCGGGCCUGGGCCUCUUCUGCGAGCGCACCCCAGAGCCUGGCCACCCGGCCGCGCUCUAUGGCCCAGAGAGGGCUGCGGGCGGCGCUGGGGUCGGGUCCCCAGGGAACUGCAGCGCAGGAGGCGGCGCCGGAGGCGGCACAGGCCUGGGGCUCUACGGUGACUUUGGUCCUGCAGCGGCGGGGCUGUACGAGCGGCAGACGGCAGCGGCUGGCCGACUGUACCCAGAACGCGGCCACGAGCUACACGUGGACAAGGGCGCUGGCGUCAAGGUGGAGUCGGAGCUGCUGUGCACCCGCCUACUCCUGGGCGGCGGCUCCUACAAGUGCAUUAAGUGCAGCAAGGUGUUCUCCACGCCGCAUGGGCUCGAGGUGCACGUGCGCAGGUCCCACAGCGGCACGAGACCCUUUGCCUGCGAGAUGUGCGGCAAGACCUUCGGGCACGCGGUGAGCCUGGAGCAGCACAAAGCCGUGCACUCGCAGGAACGUAGCUUUGACUGUAAGAUCUGUGGCAAGAGCUUCAAGAGGUCAUCCACGCUAUCCACACACCUGCUCAUUCACUCAGACACCCGGCCCUAUCCCUGUCAGUACUGUGGCAAGAGGUUCCACCAGAAGUCAGACAUGAAGAAACACACCUUCAUUCACACAGGUGAGAAGCCUCACAAGUGCCAGGUGUGUGGCAAAGCAUUCAGCCAGAGCUCUAACCUCAUCACUCACAGCCGCAAGCACACAGGUUUCAAACCCUUCGGUUGCGACCUGUGUGGGAAGGGCUUCCAAAGGAAGGUGGAUCUCCGGAGGCACCGGGAAACACAGCAUGGACUUAAAUGAGUAUCCUGGUGGGCUGCACGUGGCAGCU